ACGAACUUAUACUUCAUUUCCUCCACCAACGUGUCUUUCGGUCUUCAAAGCUCACCGUCAACAGCAUGUCUGAUUCAGAAAGCUCAAGCCACGCCGUUAGCCCCAAGGUCGGUACCGUUGCAAGACCGCCAGGUGCGCAGGUCCGGCGGAGGGCUGCAAACACGCAAGUAAAACCGAAUUCAACACGUGCAGCAGGAGCUGGCGGCUCUUCGGGGACAAUGCUGAAACUUUACACUGACGACUCACCAGGGCUACGAGUAGACCCAUAUGUUGUCCUCAUUCUCUCGUUGGCGUUCAUUGGAUCUAUCUUCUUUUUGCAUAUCUCCGCUAAAAUAAUCCGGUCUUUUACCAAGUGAUAGCCUCGUAUUGGACACCUUUAUGCACUCUUGACUAUAACACCCACUGCAGAACGCGUGCACUCAGUGCUUGUAUCAUAUGGCAUGUUGCAUGAAAAGUUAUCGCACAGUGAGGCGCUGUAUAAUCCUCUUGUCAUCCAAUUAUCCAAGGGGAUGAUGUGGACUGUCUUGCGAAUUCUUGUCGCUUUUCAAUAAUGCUGCUUAGUUCUGCAUCCCGAAGAAGUUGCAGACUAGGAGAUUUGCCUCGAUUGGGUUGAGACUGUUGAGUGGUGUCGAUUAUUU